GCGCUGCGCCCCGCGCCCGGCCCGGCCCGCGGCUACGCCAAGAAACCGGCUGGCAAGACCAAAGGCAAGAGCAUGGCCAAGGAGGAGGUGACAGGCCCUCCCGUGUGCACUGACCCCGUGCUGCUCACCACCUAUGCCAUGGGCGUCAACAUCUACAAGGAGGGCCCCGAGGUGGCUCUGAAGCCCGACUCCGAGUAUCCCGACUGGCUCUUUAAGAUCAACCUGAAUCCCCCCAAGAAGCUGGAGGAGAUGGACCCCGAAUCGCUGGAAUACUGGAGGCGCCUGCGGAAGUACGACACGUGGCGCCGCAACAAGCUCAGGAAGGGCAGGAAGCUGUAGACCCAGCCA